AUGUUUAGCACUGCUACAGACUCUACCACCAGCACCAUUGCUCGAAAGGAAAACGACAAUGAUAAGCUCCUGUAUCCAAAGUACAUGCCGUUUUAUGACCCUCUCGAGAAGGUAGAGGAUAUCGGUGCAUUCGAACACAUCGACCCUGGUCACCGUGCUGACCCUAAACUGCCUAAUAUUCUCGCAAAUGUGACCAAGAUGGUGGAUCUGUCACCUCAUGUGGGAACUGAGAUCCACGGCGUGCAGCUCUCCCAGCUAGACAGUGCUGGGUUGGAUGAACUAGCUCUCCUCGCUGCGCAGAGAGGUGCUUUGGUGUUUCGCGACCAAGACUUUGUGGAUAUUGGUUUCGAAAAGCAGAAAAAAUUAGUCAGUCAUUUUGGUCCUCUGCAUAUUCACGGCUGGGCCCCUCAUCCUAUUGCGGAAUCGGAGGAGCAUAUGAUCAUAUACGAUCACAAAGAUGAUCUCCGAGUAAGGCAGUCUUGGGCCGGCCGGAGCCCAGUUCAAUGGCACACAGACCAGAGCCCUGAGAAACAGCCUCCUGGAACCACCUUUAUUGCUAUGCUGGAGUCUCCUAGCACGGGUGGCGGGGAUACGCUCGUAAGCUCCAGUGUUCGGGCAUUCAGCAGUCUCUCACCUCGGUUUCGAAAGCGCCUCGAGGGUCUCACUGCUAUUCACAGCAACAAUGACGGUGUCACUCAAGAGCUUAAGCACGGCCAGAAGGCUAUCAUGCGACGACAAACGCUUCAAUCUGAGCAUCCUGUCGUGAUUAUCCAUCCCGUGACGAAACAAAAAGCCCUAUAUGUCAACCCAGUUUACACGAAGAAAAUUGUCGGGUUCGACCAGGAAGAGUCCGAUUGUAUUCUCAAGUUCCUUUUUGAUCAUAUCGCCAAGCGACAGGACUUUUCUUGCCGGAUUCGCUAUGAAGCAGGCACUGUCCUUGUAUGGGAUCAGCGGGUCACUAAUCACUCGCAAACCCUAGACUACCCUGUUGGAGAUCGAAGACAUGGGUUUAGAUUGACUCCCCUGGCAAACAAGCCUAUCCCGGCAAAGAUUGAGGAGGAUGACGGAGAAUGUUCAAGAGAUGAGGCCCGGGUGCAACUUAACUUGUGUUGA